AUGCCUAUAAAAAAUAUAGGAGAGCCUUCUCCCUUGUUGAAGUUUGAAGGUCUUCCUCCUCUAUCUACAUUAUCCCUCGUAGUUUCUAGUACUCUUGAAACUCGAGUGAUAAUGAUGUUGUAA